GAGUCUUCUUCAGGCUGUCCUAGAGAUAGCAAGUCGUCUCCUAGUUACCGACGAAGUAGGACGUCUACUUAGUCAGCUCAACUGAAACGCGUACAAGUCGACUUAUGAAAUCUUAAGAUAUUGAAGUUGAAUCAGUCAACUUAGUUUGUGACAACUCUAACUCAUUCUCGUUGGUGGAAAGACCACCAAAAAACAAUCCUGACCGUUUCAAUUUAUUAUGCACCUUGAAACAACUUAACAAACAGACAUAUGAUGAUAAUAUCGAUUAGUUUUAUCGAUUGUGGCGGCCAUUUCCUUACGUCUUGAUAAAGUCAUUUUUUGUGUGUUGGUUCAUCAGAACAACUCGUAGGCUCCUUACGACUGUGUGUUUCACGAUUGUGUGAAUCAUUGUGAAAGUAAUCAAUGAAAAGACAACUAAGUGUGAAUUCAAUAUGUAGAUUAUUCAGUGAAUAUAGUUGAAUUAAAGAUUCUUCAUAGGUUUAACACACUAUAGAGUAGACAUAUCACAAUUUGAUUACGAAUGUCGAUGAAUUCGCUGCGAUGGAGUCGUCUGUUGUAAAAAAUAUUGAAUCUUUUACAAAUAAUGAAAGUCCACAACAGACCAGUGACAGUUACAAGAUCGGGACUGAGAUCAUUACAAGUGGGAGAGAAUCCCUACUGAUGCGUAUACAUGUACCUGAACUUUCAAUCAGUAAAUGUCUCCAGUUCGCAAAAGAUCAACUUAUUUGGGAUGCCAAGCAGCAGUGUUUAUCAUCGUUACCGAAGGAGUUGGAGGAGAGUUUCAAUUAUGGGCUGUUCUGCCCACCUAUGAACGGUAAAGCGGGAAAGUUUCUAGAAGAAGAACGCCCAAUUGGGGAUUACACUUUCGAUCAUCCUAUUGGAUAUUUAGAGCUCAAGUACAAAAGAAGAGUAUAUAAAAUGUUUCAUGUGGAUGAAAAACAAUUGAAGUCUCUGCACACGAGAACUAAUUUAAGACGGCUAUAUGAUUACAUAACAAACAAUCAAGUUGAGAAAAUUACAAAACUGUGCAAUAAAGGAUUGGAUCCUAACUUUCACUCCUAUGACAAUGGAGAAACGCCACUGUCUUUUGCUGCGACACUAAAAAAAUCAUCCCAAGUCAUCAUUUCUCUGGUUAAUGGCGGAGCUAUCCUUGAUUAUCGAACAAAAGAAGGGUUAACAGCUCUUCAUCGAGCAGUUGAGAAAAAUAAUUUCGAAGCAGUAAAAACACUUUUAGAACUUGGUGCCAGUCCAAAUUAUAAGGAUCUAAAAGGUCUUACACCUUUGUACUACAGUGUCAUUCACCAAACUGAUCCAAGAAUUUGUGAAAUACUCCUGAACUAUCAUGCAACCAUUGGUUCACAGGACUGUCAAGGAUGGCAGGAGAUCCAUCAAGCAUGUAGAAACAACUUGGUACAGCACCUUGAUCAUCUGUUAUUUUAUGGUGCUGAUUUAAACGCCCAAAAUGCAUCAGGGAAUACUCCACUUCAUGUAUGUGCAGUAAAUAACACAAAUGCCUCUUGUAUUCAACGGCUAUUAUUUCAAGGAGCGCAGAAGAAUAGUCUCAAUUAUGCUAAUCAAACUCCUUACCAAGUGGCAGUAAUUGCUGGAAACAUGGAUCUUGCGGAAAUUAUUGCAAGCUACAAUUGUGGGGAAAUUGAGGAAAACUAUAAUGACAGCCAAACGAAAAUAAAGGGUGACAAAUCGAAAAAUGAAAUAUUACGAUCUGAAAUAACGAAAUCAAUAUCUAGGCCUGGAACAACGGUCAUUUGUACAGAGACAUACAACAGUAGUAUAGCUGGACAUCUGAAUCUCAACCAAGGCGAUAUCUUAGAAGUUAUUGGAGCAACCGAUUGUGGACUCUUGGAAGGUGUCCAGCAUGGCCAUAAAACAGGCCUUUUUCCAGCUCGUUGUGUCCAACAAAUCAAGCAAAGGCAUUCCAACGUAUCACUAUCCACUCAAUUCAUCGAUAGUAAUGCUUCCAUGUGGACCGAUCAGAAUGACAUUCCAUGCGAAUCUUUAGUCACUGUACCGAAAUUGAAACACAUGAUGACCUCCGAACCUAAAACAGUUGUGCUACAUCGUUCAAAAAGAGGUUUCGGUUUUAUUCUUCGAGGUGCGAAAUCAAUGUCAUCUAACUUGACGAGUGCUGCUCCUGCUGCUCAGUAUUUAGAUGAUGUGACUUCUGGUGGGGUUGCAGAUCUUGCUGGUCUCAGAAAAGGUGACUUCUUAAUUGAGAUUAAUGGAGAAGAUAUUUCGGCAGCUUCUCAUGAACACGUGGUAGAAUUAAUAAGAAAUUCCGGUGAAUUAGUGAAAAUGACAGUCAUAACUCCUAUGAACAAUCUCCCUUAUUCAUAUUCAAGUAUGACAUUGCCAACAAGCCAUUUCAAUCAACCUCAAUAUGCAACCUUACCCCGAAAAAGUAGUUGUUGGAAUAUACCAACGAUUAAUACUUUGGGACGAUUACCAGCACCGAUGCCUCCCCGAAGAGAUCCCAGAACUACACUAAGUGUUGGACGAGCCAGAGCCAGAUCAAUGGUCGCCGGAUUAGAAAUGGAUGCUGGAAGGACUGAUGAUAAUACAAGGAAUGAAGAUAAAUUUACUAGUGCCGAAUCACUCCAUGCAUCUCAGCAAACUUUUGUAUGUUCAAACUCCAAGUAUAAUACUUCACACCAGCUACGAUUAAAUAGUAGCUGCGCGCAAUCAACAUUCCAUCCAAUCACAGCUUCACAUAAUGACAAAAGCUCUCGUUUGCCCUUCCCUGAAAAUUAUCUCUGUGGAUCACCAUUGAACAAAUAUUACUGCAGUGCCCUGGAUCUUAAAAUAGAGGUUGAAUCGGUUUUCUCUACAGGAAGGAAUUUCCACAGUCAGGGUGAUAUAAGCAUACUGUCAACGAAGAAAAACACUGCGCUUCCAAACUUCCCUGACCCUUUGUUGUCUUGUAAACAAAGUGCCGAAGAAUAUAACGAAAUGAACGAUCUCUCUAAUAUGAUGAACAAAACAUCUUAUAUACGAAACCUGAUAGAGUUAUGCAGAGGGAAACAUGGGAUGAAAUCUAGCAUUCGACCUUUAAAUAUUGCCAAACUUUAUCCUCAAUUAGAAAAUCUAAAAACUGAAAAAUUUUAUGCUAAAAACUUAUUGAGAAACAGACUCCAAGAAUCAAGUGCUAUAGUUUCCGAAUUAGAGACAUCGAAUAGUAUGUUCCGUAAUGCAUCAAAAAGGUUUCAGAAAGGCAUCCUACUUGGAAAUCAUGAAAAUACAAAGAAGCCAAUAGAUAAAUGUAAUCUAUUUACAACGGCAAUUACUAUUACUACUACUAACACUGCUAUAACUACAACUUCUAUUACUACAAACACUACUAAAACCGUUCCAUUUUGUUCCGAAAGCAUAAAUAAAGUUGAAAAUGAAAAUAAUAAUAAAUAUAUCAAUAACAGCAUUAGCGGAAGCUGUAGUGAUUGUAGUAGCAGUAGUAGUAGUAGUAGUGGUAGUAGAAGUAGUAGUAGUGGUAAUAGUCGUCGUAGGAGUCGUAGAAGUAGUUCUUGUAGUAGUGAUAGUUGUCAAAAUAGCAGUAAUAAAUGCCGUGAAAGUAAUAAUAAUAAUAAAAAAAGUAUCAAAAAUAUCCGAGUAUACAAAGACGAUGGUAUGUACCAUCACAACAACCAUAAUAUUGUUGGAUCUUUACAAGCUAUGUCACAUGUAUCUCAUGAUUUAGAUCUUAUACCUGAACCAGAUUACAGUAUAUCAGAAUCAGAUAAUGAGGAAAAAGAAGAUAUAAAUGCCAGCAAAUCAGAAGUCAAUGAAUGCGUUAGAAAUACUACUGCUUCUGUUGAAAAACAAAAAUUCACUGAAGAAAUUUCAGAUAAUUUCAACAAAGUUGGUGUGAAGUUUCUGGGUGAUGAAACAUCUCCAUUUCCAUCAGAGGUUCAAGAACAGUACGAUACAAAAAUGCCAUCUGAACCAGCAAAAAUUUAUCCCAACAAAUUAAUUAACAACCAGUCAUCUAAAAUUAAAGAAGUUGUUGAUAAUAUUUCCAGUAAUUUUUGUUCUGAUCAAAAUGCUUUUAUGAAAGGAUUGAUUCGUAUCGAUAAUUCAACUAAAAUAAUAAAUAAUGAAGAUAAUAUUAAGAAAGAUGAUCAUCAUUUAGAAAAAUUAACUCAAAUCAAUAAUAUUUUUUCGAGGUAUGAUGUAGGCCUCUCUCAACUACCUCCGCCUAUUGAAAUUGAUAUGGAAGAACAUUACAACAAUUUAUUUGUUCCACCACCACCAGAAUUUAACGUUAGUAUAGCAUUUUCUAACAAAGAUAACGAUAUUGUACUGCCACUACCACCACCCCAAUUCCGUGAUAAUAAACAGUUAUUCCAACAAAAUCUUGUAAAAAGUAAUGAACUACAUUCGUAAAUAAAAUUUAACAAAGUCUCAACAAUUUUUUAUGUGUUAAUUUUUAGUAUAUACAAUAAAAUUAGAGUAAUGAACGAAAAACAAUUUCACAAAUGAAUAUAAAAGUUUAAUAAUGUUUGAACAAUUUUAAUAUGUAAUUAAAUAUAUGUAGUACUGUAAUACAAUCAAUUAAUCCCCAUAGUUCAAUAUGAUUCAGAAACAUUAUAUCACACUGUAUGCUGCCAUGAUUUGUAUUAUAUACCAAAACGUAUGUACAAAUAUGAUUCUUUGACUUUAAUGAAAUGACAGACUAAAAGAUCAGUCCAAUUUAAUUCCAGUAAAUGAAAAAAGGUCCAAUAACUUCAACUAAAACAUAUAAAAAAACAACCUCUGCUCGAGUUGGUUCAAAUUUUAUUCUAUUUAGUGUGAUUUGUACAAAUUUUCCAAAGAUUUUUUUUUUUUACUAUUAAGAAUUUGAACCAAUCUUUGUAAAUAAUCAGAUGAUGCUAUUAUGUGAUAGUUUUACGUAAGCCUGCGUGGAAGAAUGAGUUGUUGAGAAUUAAGGAUUCUAGUUCUAGAUUCCCUGAAAAUCUAAAAAGCAACCUACUGAACUAUCCAAUAGUCAUUAAAAUAUACUCAAAAUUCUAUCUUAUCUCUAAUAGAAUAACCAAAUGAUAACUUCCAAUUCUGAUCUUAAAUCGAAGGCAUUCAAGUUUACUAAUUACAAAAAAAUAAAACCAGAAAAGCUUGAUAUGAACUGAAAAGAAAUUUUGUUUUUUUUUUGAUAUAUAAUAGAUCUGUUACUGAAGAUAAACAAAUAUAAGUGAAUUUUGUAGAUUUUUGUAAUUUCGUCAAUAAUUAAUAUCAUGAAGGUUUGUCUAUACCAAUUUUUAAACAUUUUACUGUUUUAAAAACAUCACUGAAGAAAUACAAUACCAUCAAAAGAUUUAGUUAUUAAGAUAUUCUGAAUCUAAGCUUAUGGAGCAACAUUAUUUGUUCGAAAACAAAGUUCAUGAUGUAGUACAACCAACAAAAGAGUUGUUUCACCUGCUAUUCAAAUCUCAUAGGAGGUUCAAUAUUGACCAGUGACUUAAAUGGCUCUUUUCGUGGUUCUAUUAUACCAUAAUUAAGUGAGAAUGAAAAUGAGAAACGGUGCCAAUGCCCCGUAAUACACUGGAUAUUUAAUUUUCGGGUGAGAUGUAAGUUGUGUAAAAUGAUCAUUAAGAGUAAUUAAAAUAUUAUGACAACAUA